AUAGCCAACGGAGAUCUAGUGCAACGCGACUCUCCUUUCGUCCUCCCUCUUUCGCGUGCUCCGUCUCUCUAACACGCUCGGACCGAGUCCGCCCAGUUAGCUGCCUCCUCGUGAGGAAAGAGUGCGCUUCAUUCUAAGCGCUGGAUAAGUGAAGAACAAUGAUUAUGAAGAACUCGCUCUUACUCCUUGCACUAUAUUACGCCUGGGAAGUCGCGGCCCAGGUGGUGCUGAACAUGGAGGAUGUGGUUGAAGUUUAUAAGGGAGACUCCGCAGUGAUCCGCUGCCAGUACAGUUUCACUCAAGACCCCAGCAUGGUGAUGGUGCAGUGGUUUGUGCGUACUCCUGAAGGAAGGCGAGUGAGAAUCUCCUACAGUGACCUCACCGUGCAGAAGGUGGAUGAGAACACGAUGUACACUGACCGCAUCAGCGUGGCAGGGGACAGUGACGGCGAGAACCUGAUCAUCAUGGAUGUCAAACUGUCCGACGAGAGGGAGUUCUUCUGCCAGGUCAAUGGUCUGGCCGCUGGCAAUGGAGAGAACAGGACCCACCUAAAGGUGUUCGACCCUCCUGAGCAGCCUGUGAUUGAAGCUGUCCACUCCGGAGUUUCGGUGAAAAAUGCCCUACCAUCAAAGAUCGCCACUUGUGAAGCGAGAGAAGGCUUCCCCAAGCCAAAUAUCACCUGGUAUCGCAACAAUAAACCCCUGCACCCCGAAAAAGGCCGGGUGAACGUGGUUACCCUGGUAACCAUGGACUUAAGCGGGCUGUAUGCGGUGCAGAGUGAGCUCCAGUACAAGGUAGAGCGUGAGGACCAGGACUCGAUCUUCUCCUGCGAGGUCCACUACCACGUCCCUGGUGCCAUACUCUGGGCCAGGUCGAGAGGUGUCAACGUCACCGUGCACUACCCCACGACCAAUGUCAAGAUGUGGAGGGAACCGCACGAGGGGCUAGUUAAAGAGGGGGACACAGUGGCGAUCCGUUGCCAGGGUGACGGCAACCCCCCUCCACCCAUCAUUUUCACUCGAGAACAACAACCGGAGGUGAAGACUGAGAGUGACAGGGGCGUGUUGCUCCUCAAGGAGGUCACCCGUGGCGACAGUGGGGUGUACAACUGCCACCCCCUGGACCUGGACGCUGUCAGCGACAAAGAAGUGGUGGGCAGUGUACAGCUCACCGUGCACUAUCUAGACCCAGCAGUGGUGGUACCCAAGGACUCUGAAGUGAUGCUGAAAGGAGAGAGUCUGGCAGCCACAUGUAAUGCCCUUUCCUCCCUAGAAACAACUACGGUGUGGCUGAAGGACGGCGUGGAGGUCGGAAAGGGACACACGCUGCAGCUGCGGGACGCUACGUUUGCCACAGCAGGACACUACGACUGUGAGGUGACAAUCCUGUCCCUGCCGGGUCUGUACACCAGCGGCUCGGUCCACAUCAUCGUGCAGGGCGCACCUGAGCUGAGAGACACAGAGGACGUGACCAUGAUGGAAAGGAUGGGCAAGUGGGUGAACCUGACCUGCGAAGCCAGAGGUCACCCAAAACCUGUCAUCACAUGGAGCGUCGUCGGCAGCCCCAACUGGCGCGAGUUCCCGAAAAGGGAGGUGGAGGACUCCAUUCAAAGCGUCAUGACCCUUAAAGUGACUACAGACACCCUGGUCACCUGCAACGCGACGAACAGCAUGGGACUGGAGACCAAGACUUACACCAUCACAAGCAUUCCCAUUGUGCCCUCUGCACCCCGGAGUUCUGCAGUUGAUACUAGCGGCGUGAGCAUCGCGAUCAUUAUCGUCAGCAUUCUCUUCCUGGCCAUCCUGGGGAGUGUUCUCUACUUUCUGCACAAGAAAGGCAAGCUGCCUUGCGGGCGGUCCGGGAAACAGGAGAUCAUGAACGCCUACAGCACCGAGGAGACGACCAAUAAAGGUGACAUUGUCAUGGAGAUGAAGGCAGAAAAGACAGAGAAGUCGGGACUACUGAAAGGUGUUAAUGGCGACAAGAAGCCGCCUAGUGACCAGUAAAGUAGAUUAAAUAAGGCGGAAGAGCGGCCGAGAGCUGGAGACGUCGGCCAAGGCCUUUUCUGCUCCGUCACACUUCCCCUAUCAUCACGGGUUACAGACACAGACUACGUCUGUCACCACGGCCGCUGUUUUGCCCAUAACGAGGGCUGCCUUUGUAUUUCUCCUUCACAAGCAACAAUACUCCUGACUUGGCAUGUCGACCUAAAGUGAGCUCAUUCAAACGAUGCCAGAUUUUUAAAAAUACUUCUUUUGUUUCCCCAACAUUGUUUCCAUAACUGUAGACCGACUGAGGAAUACAAUGUCAAUGUUCCAAUGUAUGUUCUUAAUCAACUUAAAAAAUGUAUAUACUAUAUAUAGUAUUUAGUUACUGAAACCAUUGAAAAGCAUUUUAUGUGCUUCUCAGUAUGUGGAAACAAUGGUUUUUUUAAAAACUCAAAACCAAACCAAACCAAACUUUAAGCCACACACAAAUCAGUUUCUUCUCCAAACCACACAGUCUAACUGCAUAACUGUGGAUACUGAGUAUUUCUCAGUCAGCUGAAAUAUCUGGAGGAUCUUCGUAAUACGGAACAAUAAGCUUAUACAAACAGUAUUUCUGUGUACUGUCCACUGUCACUCAGCGGUUCAGAAGCACCCUAGUGCGGGAGCAAUGCACUUUUCUUUCAGGAGAAGCAUAUUGAUUUGUGUGUAAAUAUUUUUUUAUGGUUUAAUUUUUCUCCAUUUGUAAGGAUGCACACUUCUAAUUUCUGUUGGACUAUGGUGUGCCAGAAGAUUCACUGACCUCACUUAAACCAGUCAUGACCAUUAGGGAGAUGUUAUUUGAUAGACCUUGUCAGCUGUCAUCACCUCUCUGGCUUUAUCAUAACCAUUUAUAUUAUUUCAGAAAGGAGAGAUUUGCUUAUGGUUUUUUUCAGUUCUUAAGGGCACCAGACAGCAAGUAGGGACAAAAUAACACAUUGUUGACCAAUAAAGGGAGAGUUUACAUGCACAAAAAGAAAAAAGAAAAAAGGCAUGCCUGUCACCAGCCUGAGGAGGCUGGAUUUUGUCGUCUAUAGAAACUACUGCACAGCUCUUGUGCUGCUUGUAAAUAUUCGUAGCAGGGGGAACUGUAGCUGUUUGUGAUUGGUCAUCACGGCUCCCUCUUUGUUCUGCCUCAUCUUUGAUUGGAUGCAGAGCUCGCCUGUGGAUACUUGUGUUUGCUUCACAUAUAUGUUUGUUACACUGAAGGUUCUUUUUAAUGUUUUGUGUGUGUGUCUGUGUUUGGUGAAGAGAAAAGCUGAUGCAUCUUGUUUUCUCUCUCUGGAUCUGUGCAGAUGAGGUUUGCAUUUGUCUGCCAAGAUACUUUAUAUUAGGAGGGCUUUUUCCUUUGUAUUUAAUUUGUUGGAAAACCAUCACUCUUCAGUGAAUGCAAACAUCCAAACGCUCUUUCACGACCCCGGUUUGUACUGCCAUUGGUUUUCAUGUAAAGUUGUAGUUUAACCAAAUGAAUGAAAGCAUUGUUGUACAUGUGUUGUGUUGAUAUUGUGCAUGAGCGGCCAGUUUACUUUAGAUUGAAGUCAAUCACACUCCAGCUGUUCAUCAGACUGUUUGUGGUGGCAGGCCUCGGCCAGGCUGUUCACACCCGCUGAGCUGUUCCUGGAACGCAGAUCACGUUCUUGCGGAGACUCCCAUCCCACUGUGAUUGGAUCAUGCCUCAACCGAGGAUAGGCCUAGAUUUCAUAACUAGGUAUUUUGUGUGUUUGUUUAAUACCGCGCCUUUUGAAGUAAUUUUCUAACAAAGUAGAAAAGUGAAAGGGACCAGCCAUGAUAAAGGGGUUUGAAUUUUCUGGUUUUCAGUUUCUGUUGUUCUGAGUGAAUGCUAGACAUUAGCGAAUGUCCCCAAUGACCACUGUCUGGAAAACCUCAGGGAGGAAAACCUCUCUGUCUUCUCAUAGCAGGGAGGAAAACCUCUCUGUCUUCUCAUAGCAUCCAUGUCCAGAGGGCAAGCUGUAGUGCCAUAGGACAAAUUGGAUCAUUGUACAUAAUUAUCUUCAUUGUGUAGUUCUUUAUUGUUUUUGUAGCUAUGUUCUAGUUUUGUUUGUGUGUAAAUUAUGUAAUAUUUUUUUGCUUGCAUUUUUUAUAUACUGUAAUUUUUUUUUUUUUGCAAAACAAUGCCAAAUAAAGUUGUGUUACACCUAAAACUAA